GGGAGGGGGGCGCGUGGCUGUCCUCGCGCACGCACCGAUUGAACUGCUUGACCGCCGCCGGCCGCCCCGGGGCCUGGCGGGUGACGCUGCGCGGGCCCGGCUGCCGGACUGCAGGCCCUAAAGACCGAGGAACUUGCCUCCUUGAUGAACCAAAGGAAGGAGUAUCCUGAAUCCAAAUCAUAGCUUUCAGCAGCUGGGAUUCCAAGCCACACAUUCCCUUUCCCAUUGGUGACUCAGGCAUACUUGAUCACCAUGAAGUUGCUGUGUCCAGGCUGCUUCCUGUUGGCCCUGCUCAGCAUAUGGAGGGGUGCUCCCCAGGUUCACGCCUCGUCUACAGCUGGGCCGCCUGUCAGCACUGCCUCUUUCCUGGAGGAUCUCAUGCAGCGCUACGGCAAGAAUGGCAGCCUCACGCUGCCACAACUGAAGGUCCUGCUUAACCACCUGGAUGUGGGAGUGGGCCGGGAGAAUGUCACCCAGCCUGGGCAGGGACACAGGAACUUGUCGACGUGCUUCAGUUCUGGAGACCUCUUUGCUACCCACAAUUUCAGUGAGCAGUCUCAGAUCGGGAAGAGGGAGUUCCAGGAGUUCUGCCCCACCAUCCUCCAGCAGCUGGAUUCCCGUGCCUGCACCUCUGAGAACCAGGAGAAUGAGGAGAAUGAGCAGACAGAGGAGGGAAAGCCGAGCGCCAUUGAAGUGUGGGGAUACGGUCUCCUCUGUGUCACCGUCAUCUCCCUCUGCUCCCUCAUGGGGGCCAGCGUGGUGCCCUUCAUGAAGAAGACCUUUUACAAGAGACUGCUGCUCUACUUCAUAGCUCUGGCGAUUGGAACCCUCUACUCCAACGCCCUCUUCCAGCUCAUCCCUGAGGCUUUUGGUUUCAACCCUCUGGAAGAUUAUUAUGUCUCCAAGUCUGCAGUGGUGUUUGGGGGUUUCUACCUUUUCUUUUUCACAGAGAAGAUCUUGAAGAUGCUUCUUAAGCAGAAAAAUGAGCAUCAUCAUGGACACAAUCAUUUUACCUCUGAGUCGCUUCCUUCCAAGAAGGACCAGGAGGAGGGUGUGACGGAGAAGCUGCAGAAUGGAGACCUGGACCACAUGAUUCCUCCUCAUUGCAACAGCGAGACAGAUGGCAAGAUCCCCAGCCUCGACGAGAAGGUCAUCGUAGGCUCUCUUUCAGUACAGGACCUUCAGGCAUCCCAAAGUGCCUGCUACUGGCUAAAAGGUGUCCGCUACUCUGAUAUUGGCACCCUGGCCUGGAUGAUUACUCUAAGCGAUGGCCUCCACAACUUCAUCGAUGGCCUGGCCAUUGGUGCCUCCUUCACCGUGUCUGUGUUCCAAGGCAUCAGCACUUCAGUGGCCAUCCUCUGUGAGGAGUUCCCACAUGAGCUGGGAGACUUUGUCAUCCUGCUCAAUGCUGGUAUGAGCAUCCAACAGGCUCUCUUCUUCAACUUCCUUUCUGCCUGCUGCUGCUACGUGGGUCUGGCCUUUGGCAUCCUGGCUGGCAGCCACUUCUCUGCCAACUGGAUAUUUGCACUGGCUGGAGGAAUGUUCUUAUACAUUGCUCUGGCUGAUAUGUUUCCUGAGAUGAAUGAGGUCUGCCAGGAGGAUGAAAGGAAGGGCAGUGUCCUGAUCCCCUUUGUUAUCCAGAACCUGGGCCUCCUGACUGGCUUCACCAUCAUGCUGCUCCUCACUGUGUAUUCAGGACAGAUCCAGAUCGGGUAGGGCCCUGCCAGGAGCCAGUGGGAUCACAAGUCAGGCCCCGGGUGCCUGGUCCCUGGCCUUGAGGACUUGGCAUCCACAAACCACCAUGGAAGAGGCAGUGCCAUAAGAAACUGACACAGACUGCCUGCCUCCAUUCAGAUGUCAGCUGUUUCAGAAUGCUUUGUCUUAGGAAGAAGCUGUCCUGGUAACCAUUCUCUAGGUAGUGCCUCGCCCCUCCACUCACAGUGAUCCUGGAACUUGGACGCCAUGUACAGGACAAGCCUCCCUUUUCUCUCUGGUCACUCUAGCCUCUUUCUCUUGGAAGCAGCACUGAGAGAUUCUGAAUUGUUUUACCCUGAAAUGUAAAAAUGAAGCCAGUG